UCAUUUCUCAUUCUCAAAUCUCAUAACAAACUUUUUCAUCACAAACAUGCUUUCCUCCAUAUCUCUUCCUUCUUCUCUCUACGCCGCCGGUAACUUCUCCGGCACGUCCGUCACUCCACCGUCGUGCCGCGUUAAAUCAAAGCCGAUAGUCAUAACCUCCAGCGCUACAGCAACCGCGGAAGCUCGCUCUACAUGGACAGAACAACAAAGACCUUCCUAUCUUAACAUGAACUCUUCUUCUCACUCUUCUCCAGCAUCACUUUACCAGAUUCUCGGUAUAUCAGCAGGUGCUUCCAAUCAAGAAAUAAAGGCGGCAUACCGGCGACUUGCAAGAGUCUGCCAUCCUGAUGUUGCGGCAAUUGAUCGGAAAAACUCAUCGGCGGAUGAUUUCAUGAAGAUUCACUCUGCAUAUUCCACGCUUUCGGAUCCAGAUAAACGUGCUAAUUAUGAUCGGAGUCUUUUCCGGCAACAACUACGGCCGUUGUCAACGAUGGUGUCUUCUGGAUACUCAAGUCGAAAAUGGGAAACGGAUCAGUGUUGGUAGUAAAUUGACUAACAGAUGAGGGAAGUGCAGUUAUUAACGAAGCAUCAUGCCUCAAGUGUAAAUUAUUAACUAAUUACUAAUUAGGGAUAGUAACUACUAUAGUAAUUAGUUCUUUUCACUCAAACCAAACCAUUAGUGAUUAGUUAGCUUUCAGAUUUUGUAUAUUACAAAGUAAAGUAGUAGUAUCUGAAAAAGUGUAUUCUGGGAAGUGUUUCCCCUACAAUACAAGAGAAAUUACUGACCAAUUAUUCUUCUAGUGUAUCUUACUAUAACAAAAAUUAAUCUGUCUGAUCCAAGUUUUAAACAUCAUA